AUGUCGAACGAGUCGUCGCAAAUUGAAUAUCCUUGGUUCCCAUUUAUCGGUCAAAUGGCUCGAAUGCAAAAGCUCGAAGAGUCUGAGAGGCGCAUUUUUGCUUCUUUGGGCAUCGAAUACGUUUCAAGAAUGAUUAAAAUUCCGUUCAAAAAUUCUGAAAUCUAUACAAUUAGUGUGCAAUGCGAUGCGCCGGAAAAAACGCUCGAUCAUCCAAUUGUGCUCGUGCACGGCUUCGGAGCCGGCGUUGCAAUGUGGGGAGCCGCAAUUCGGAUGUUUUCCAAAUUUCAAACGGUGCACGCUUUUGAUCUACUCGGCUUCGGACGCUCAUCUCGUCCAACAUUCUCAACGAAUCAUCGCGACGCCGAAAACGAGAUGGUCGAGUCGAUCGAAAUGUGGCGCAAUGAGAUGAGCAUUAACAAAAUGAAUUUGGUGGCGCAUUCGUUUGGUGGAUACUUGGCAACAUCGUACGCGAUAAAAUACCCGAGUCGCGUCAAUAAAUUGGUGCUCGCCGAUCCGUGGGGAUUCAAUGAAGUGAAUCCAACAUUUGAGCAGAAUCUUUCAACGACCGCUAAAGUUAUCUCGUCGGUUUAUCUCAAAUUCAAUCCGCUCGCUUUAUUGAGAGCAGUUGGAUCUUAUGGACCUUCAAUGAUGCGGCGAUUCCGACCAGACUUGCGUGAAAAAUACUCGGAUCAUGUUUAUGAUUAUGUCUACUUGUGCAACUCACAAUCGCCAACCGGCGAGGCGGCAUUCAAAAGUUUGGCCGAGAAGCUGGCGUGGGCAAAAGAGCCGAUGAGCAAACGAUUCCACGGUCUCGAUGAGAAUCUUCCAGUGGUGUUUAUUCAUGGGCAACGAAGUUGGAUUGAUUGGACAUCGAUUAGCGAUUUGAUUAGCGGACGAAGUAAUACUGAUAUGAUGAUUAUUGAAGAAGCCGGACAUCACGUUUACGCAGAUAACACAAGUCGAUUCACGGAGAUUGUAAUCGAAUCGUUGAGAAAAGGUGUUCAAGACGACAUGAAUGAUAGUAAAAGAGAGCCCGUUGAAGUUGAAUCUUAA